AUGGUUCGCGAACUGGACCGCCUUCGACGGACAGGCCAGGGUGACGGGAUCGGCAGGCUCCUCGUCAUUAUCGGCCGCAAAAAUAGCCCGAGUCGGCUCAGCUUGCCGUCAGCGUUUUGGGGCCGGUUCGGCAUCCAGGUCGACAGUGAAAGGCCGUUUGCCGGUGGCUCGGGAGGAAGUCCCUUCGGUAGUGGCGCCUCGACGGGGAGAAGGGCCGGCCGCUGCCGCUCCGGCCUGUGCCGAUUCGGCAUUAAGCUCACGCAGACGGUCGGCUAA